AUGUCUCCUUAUAGGUUGGUGUUUGGUAAAGCGUGUCACUUACCAGUUGAGUUGGAGCAUAGGGCAUUCUGGGCUAUGAAAAAAUUAAAUUUUGAUUGGAGUGCAGCCAGUGAACGAAGGUCGUUGCAAAUGAAUGAACUUGAUGAGUUCAGAUGUGAGGCUUAUGAAAAUGCCAAGAUUUAUAAGGAGAGAACAAAGGCUUGGCUUGACAAGAACUUAGUCAGGAAAGAGUUCCAACCAGGGCAGAAGGUACUUCUUUUUAAUUCAAGAUUGAGACUUUUUCCUGGCAAAUUGAAGUCAAGAUGGUCAGGACCAUUCACUGUUGUUCAGGUCUUCCCAUAUGGUUCUGUAGAAGUUCAGGGCAACUCAGGUGAUUCCUUUAAAGUCAAUGGCCAGAGAUUGAAACCAUACUUGGGUGGUACUUUUGAUCAAGCAAAGUCUAUCCUCCUUCUGAAGCCUCUCUAA